AUGUGGAAGUUUCUGCUCCUCAGUCUGGUUGUAACAGUCAAACCAGUUUCAUCACGUGAGUCAAAUAUCAACGAGUGUGAUUCCGGACCUUGUACCCGCGGUAGCUGUUUUGAUGGUGUAGACAGCUACGUUUGCGUGUGCACGGGAGGGUGGACUGGGACAAACUGCAACAUUCAAAUCAACGAAUGCGACAGCUCACCGUGCCUGAAUGCAGUCCGAUGCAAUGACCAUAUCAACAGCUUCUCUUGCGACUGUCGUCUUGGGUUUACCGGAACAAGAUGUGAAAUAGACAUUGACGAGUGCGCCUCCAGUCCCUGCCAACACGGCCAGUGUGUUGAUGGCAUCAACGGUUACAACUGUCACUGCGAGGCUGGGUGGACAGGGACCAACUGUGUUCAAGAUAUCAACGAGUGUGCUACCGAACCUUGUGCCCACGGUACCUGUACGAAUACUGCAGGAAGCUACACUUGCACAUGUACAGGAGGUUGGACCGGGACAGUCUGCGACAUUGACAUUGACGAGUGCGCCUCCAGUCCGUGUCAACAUGGUCAGUGUGUUGAUGGCAUCAACGGUUACAGCUGUCACUGUGACGCUGGGUGGACGGGGACCAACUGUGAUCAAGAAAUUGACGAAUGCGACAGCUCACCGUGCCUGAAUGCAGUCCGAUGCAAUGACCAUAUCAACAGCUUCUCUUGCGACUGUCGUUUUGGGUAUACCGGAGCCAGAUGUGAAAUAGACAUUGACGAGUGCGCCUCUAGUCCCUGCCAACACGGCCAGUGCGUUGAUACCAUCAACGGUUACAGCUGUCUCUGCGAAGCUGGGUGGACAGGGACCAUCUGUGAUCAAGAUAUCAACGAGUGUGCUUCCGGACCCUGUGCCCACGGUGCCUGUGUAAACACUGCAGGCAGCUACGUUUGCGUGUGCACGGGAGGGUGGACUGGAACAAACUGUGACAUUGAUAUCGACGAGUGCGCGAGCAACCCUUGUUGGAUGGGAGGGACCUGCCUGGAUCAAGUGGACGGUUACAGCUGUGUCUGUCCUAAGGGCACCACGGGGAAACAUUGUGAAACCGCUUCCUUUGCCGGAGAAUGUUACGAGUUCUCCCACAAUCCCGCUACCCACUCCGACGCGACACAGGCCUGCCAGGAUAAGCACGGCCACAUGGUGGAUGUGACACACGACAGUCAGCAGCUGUUCCUCGCUGACACGAUCGCAUCCAGCAGCGGCGUUUCCAACUGGCUGGCAAUGAAAGCUACACCAGUAACAAUUCUUUACAGCAACGGAUCUCCAUUUUCAGCGGGCGCGUUCCAAUGGUCUCCAAGUGAGCCAGCCGCGCCCUGUGACCUAUGUGUUCUCCUGGACAGCAACGACAACUUCCUCGGGAAGACAGCACCGUGCACGGAACAGCACAACUACGUCUGCCAGUCUGCUCUGAAACCAUGUGAACCAAACGUCUGCCAGAACGGCGGUAUCUGCACCUCCUGCUUCGGCGAGACCACCACGUUCUGCGAGUGCGUCGAUGGCUUCGAGGGAAAAUUCUGUGAAAUCAAUACUGACGAGUGUGCCUCCAAUCCGUGCCAAAAUGGUGGACGUUGCCAGGACGGAAUCAACUCCUACAGCUGCAACUGUCUUCCUGGAUUCCUGGGUGACCACUGUGAAACAGCCCCGGGGUGGUGUUCGCAGUUCCAAUGUCCCGACGGCUUGAUCUGCGAGGACCUUGUCUUUUACUUCCUCUGCACUGAUCCGGCAUCCUCCAACCGGGUGGCUCCCUACCAGUGCAGCAGCGCCUCCUGUCCGGAUGGCAUGUACUGCACCAAGGAGAGUGUGGCCUCUUUCUCCUGCAAGCCUGAGUGACGUCACAGUUGAAGCCUCCGUGAAUGUCUGCCUACCAUUGGCAACAGUUAGAGAUCAUCUUCGAUGCUGAUUUUGAUUAAAGAUAGCGUAUGCAGCAAA